UGGUAAACAUAAUCACUUGCCUGAUGCUAGCCAUUCAGAGGUUGUAAAAGCAGUCACUGAAAUUAUAAAACGUGCCUCAGAAAGUAGAGAAAAGCCUGUACGACUUAUUCAAGAUUAUAUAUCUACUAUUUCUAAUAAUGUUCAACCUUUCAUGCCAUCACAAAAUGCUCUUCGUGAAAUAAUU